UGGCAGACCGCGUACGAGACGAUCAUGCUCAAGUACAUGGACCUCUGCGUGCAGCUGCAGCAGCACCGCCAGGCGAAGGACGGACUGCACCAGUACCGCAACAUGGCUCAGCAGCAGGCGCCGGGAUCACUGGAGGUGGUCAUCAACUACCUCGUGGACCAGGCAGAGAAGAAGGCCACCAACAGCAGGAAGAAGGCCGACCAGGUGCCUGGUAAAGUGCAGAUGUCGCUGGUGGAGGCGACCAAGGUAGGCGACCUGGAAGCCGAGGCCACUCCCGAGUCGAUCAUGCUCUCCACUAUGACCGAGGAGGGUGAGAAGGAGAGGGCCGACCGCGAGAUGGUGGUCCCGUGGCUCAAGUUCCUCUGGGAGACGUACCGGGCCGUGCUUGACAUCCUCAAGACCAACACCAAGCUCGAGCACGUCUACCACGCGACGUGCAUCAAGGCGUUCAACUUCUGCCGGUGA